UUUCGAUAUUUAUGCAUGUGCAUGCUGGAAAUCUACAUAACCUUUUGUUGCUCAUUUUCGGUGUCGUAAGGUCUCCGUUUUAUUUCGAAAUCAGUUUAAUGCGAAAAUCUUGGCCAGUCCACUAAGCAGUGUCGCAGUCAGAGAGGAUGACAAAGCCUAAGGAAGGUGCAAGCCACCAAAAUGGUCAGGCACAUGAUAAGGACAUCGUUAGGGCUAAUGGACACGAUAAAGGAGAUGACCGGCGGCCAUUCAGCAUAAAGUGCGAGUGGGACAUCAAACAGACUCAGCAGUUUUCUGACGAUGGAACCAAUACUUAUUUCUGGUGAGCCAAGCGGCCGGUCAUAUUGCAGAAGUCUCCAUAGCUAAUGAGGUUUUCGUUGCGCUCGAUCGCCCUUAUUUGCGUGAUAAAUUUACUUCCCCAAGCAGGUGUAUUAGGUAAUCAUGUCUUGAUUACUCUAUGUACAUAGCAGCUUCGAUUGAUAAAGCUCAAGCAGAAGUGCUUUAUUUUUUUCAUCAGUUUACUACUUUUCCUGUAUUUUGCAUCCGCUGAAGUAAAAACUUUUAUCUCAGUUUAGGUUUCAUACAUGUAUCCGAUGUAUAUACACUACUGUAUGAUUGCUCUUUGUAUGUGUCCGGUCAAGCAAUGCUAUGGUAGCAACAUGUGCAUGCAUGCAUGCAUGCAUGAUGCGAUGAUUUGUAGCCCUGAGAGAUUUUUAUCACGUACCCAAGUGCACUUUAUCCCCAUAAGACUUGCCCUUGAAAUGAGAAGUUCACAAAGUAAUCAUGGACACUUCUUGGUUUUUAGCCAAAUGAGAUUAAAAAAAUCAAAGCUGGUGUCAAAAUAUAAUUUGGUUUUAUCAACUGAGUUGGUAAUGUAAAUUGGGCUCCAUGAAGAGUUUCAAAGCUGACCAGUGUGGCCAAUUCACAUUAUCAGCCCACAACACCAAAUUAUCUAGUAAUACCCACCAAUGCCGCACUACUGUUUCUCUAGAAACUUACACCCUUUAUUCCAAGUUGGUGUCAGUUAUGGAACAGUCAGGUGCAGUGAGGAUCAGUGGCUUAUUAAGUGCAUGUGAGAUUAAUGCUUGUACAUUUAAUGAAGUUGCUCUGUGAAAAUGGAUGGGACUUACUUCUAAAAUUAUUAUGGCUUAUGAUUUUUCUCAGGAGAGCGCACACAGUGACAGUUCUUCUAAUAAUGCUUUGUGUGUUGGUUUAUGUUGGAGCUUUUGAGAAAACUAAGGAAAACAGUGAAUACAACACAAAGAGGUAUGAAUAUUUUAUAUAGAAAAAAUGGACGUGACCACAAGUAUAGUUUAACCCUUUACACCCUAAAAUCAGUAAGCAUAUUCUCCUUUCUGUUCCCUAAACAUUUUCUGAGGUGCUGUCAAGGAGAAUUUGUUUGACAAUCCUGAGCUUCAGUGGGUGAUCAUUUUAUUCAUUCUCAUGACCUUAAUGUGUGAUUCAGGGAUAAUAUUUAAGGAUAAAACAACUAUUUCUCAUGUAUUAAAGGCUUCUGAUUUAAACUGCUGAUUUUGAGUGGGUAAUCUGCUGCUUUAGUUAAUUACCAAUAAAAUUAAUUUAAUUAACUUUUUAGAUAUAACUUGCUCCUUUUUACAUUUAUACUUGCUUCAAACUCUUUCCAACAAUGAAGAUUCUUGUGCAGAGCCACUGUUACUCCUUGUUCCCUUUUACUCACUUCAAACUCUUUGUACAAGUGCUCAGGUAAAGGAAUCCACAUCUUAGCUACUCGUUUUUUUCACAAUUUUUUGGGGGAUUAUGCCUCCAUCCCCCCCUCCUUCCCCCCAGUAAAAAAGGUGAUGACCAUGGCAUCACAGUCAAUGGAGAGGUGGGCAAAAAAUUGUUUUUGCAAAUUAAUUUGUGAGCUCUGCAUUUAUUGAAUGAACACCCAUAUCUAAUGUGUGUUGAAGUGGUUAAUUGGAGGUUGUAAAAUGCAGGUUUUAUAUGGAUGUCAUUGUGGCAGGCUAAAUGUGAUAAAACCAGUAAACUAUGCCUAGACAUGACUUUGUCUCAUUACCCUAACAUGUAUCUCUCAGUGGUGAUCGACAUGUAAUUUUCUCCUAAAAGUUUGUAUGAAAUUAUCAAGUAAACAGGUGAUGAGAAUUAAGAUGUAUUUUUCUUAAUGAACUCUCAAUUUUCAUAAUCCCUUGACCCUAAGAGUGACUAGCAUCUUAGAUUUCCUUACAAUAUCAGCCCUGAAUCAAACUUUAGAGUCACAGGAAUAAAGAAAAUGAUUUCCAACCAAAAGAGAAUUUGAAUUAUCACACAAAUUCCCCUUGUCAGCACCUAAGGAAAUGUAUAGCAAAUAGUAUAGAAAAUAUGCAUACUCAUAUUAGGGUGUAGAGGGUUAACAGCCAGUUAAUAAGGAACUAUAUAUCAGCCAGAAGAGAGAAUUAGUGAUCAAAUUCUGCAAUUUAGAGCACAUUUUGACUGAGUAUUGUUAAUCCAGAAUUAAAAUACUCAAAAUUGCCACUGACAACACAGGAAAAUAUCACAGGGCAUGAAGGGGCAAAUUAAAAAAACAAGCAUAGUGCCUGACGACAGUCGUGCCUUUAGUUGUGGAUUCACAUGUAAUUGUUUGUCAGGGUGGUAUCAGCUUUCUAGACCAAUCACUAAUUAUAGAAAAGUAAAACCACUGUCAACCAGAAUUAGUACUUAAUUACUUUUUGUGACACUUUUGCUCUUAAGGGUGUAACACGAUAUUUGCAUGUUAUGUUGUUUCAGAGGACUUAUAGCCUGUAUAGCUGUGUUUUUGUUGUUUGGGGUUACUCAGAUUAGAGAUGGUCCAUUCAAACGACCUCACCCAGGUAUGUGAUUGAUUGGCCAAAAUGUAAUAAACCUUUAAAAUAGUUGUUUUGUUCAAAAGAUGAACACCUGAGAUGAAACCACAUACAGGUAGAGAUGGUUUCAAUUAUAAUAGAUCAAUACAUCAAGACAAUCACACAGAUUGCUAAUGAUAGAUUUGAAAAACUCAGGCUUAAUUUUAAAGAUGCUUAAAACACCAUGAAGCACAUUGGUUUACGGAGGUUUUUUUAUUUACAAAGUCUCCCCUACCUGACAAAUUUUCCCCAGCCUGUCCUGUUAAAAACUUUGCUGCUAUACCUUAUUUAAUUCUAUUUCCUAAAUAGGCACGCUGAUUAAGUUGAUUCAUGUUGGGGACAAAAUCUAUCAUUGUGGUGGCAAAUUCCUAAGGGGCAACCAUAGGUUUGACCCCUAGUGUUGCAUCAGUAUGUUGUAAAAGGCAUUAAAUAUUACCAUUGCCCACAAAUGUACUGCAGACCAACCCAUAAAUAACAUGUUCUUAAUCUCAAGUUCUCUGUUUUGAUUUUCAGCUUUCUGGCGUAUCAUUCUUUGCCUGAGUGUUGUUUAUGAAUUGGCUCUAAUUUUUCUUUUAUUCCAGGUAUGGGGUUUUUGGUAAAUAUAUGUUAUUUGUCAUUAACACCCCUUCAAUUGGUAAAGUCUGCUGUUUAUAUUAGACAAUAACUUACACUAACAAAAUUAUUUAGAUUUUUUUGUUGCAAUCAUGAAUGCUGCUGAUAUUCUCAUUUUGGCCCUCAUUGUUCUCUUUUUUACUUACCUUUGCAUGCAAAAUUAUUUUCAGACAACUGAUGAUGCAAGGCAGUUAUUGAAGUAUCUUGACGAAGAUUUGGGGAAACCAUUGCCUGAGCAAUCUUAUGGGGAAGACUGUAGGUUGUACACUCCUGGACAUCCCAAGGGAUCAUUCCAUACCUUUCUUGUAGGUGCAAGUUAAAUUUUUAACCCUUUAAACUUAAGAGCGACAGGCAUCUACAUGUAAUUUCUCCUCACAGUAAUACUGCUGAAUCAUUCAUUAAGAUUAUGAGUCAGAAUAAAGGAAAUACUGGUAAUUGCUGACUUAGGAAGCUUUGAGAGUUAAACCAUCAAAAAAUAUCAGCACCAUAGGAAAUGAAUAGAGAAGAGUAUGGAAAUUAUGGAUACUGAUUUUGGGGUAUACAGGGUUUGCUUUUUCACCCCAAAUUAAGUAGUUGUUCUGAGUGUUUGAAAAAUCAAAUAAAUUGUUUAGCAGCAGAGAUUGCAACAUAAUUGGUUCAAGUUAGCAAAUUUCUAUUUAAUCAAAAAUAUUUUCUUAAAGUAAAGAACCCUCAGAAUGUUGGAAACAUUAUUUUGAGUCUAAAUGUACCCUUCUCUAAGCACUGUCAUUCUUUAAUGCCCCACAGGAGAAGUGUGAUGUCUUUUUACCAGCUCAUUUCUUUGGAUGGUGGGCAAAGGUAAGGUGAAGUUGUUGAAGUGAAGCAUUGAGAUUACAGACAUUUCUAGCUGGGGGUUCUCUUAUCUGUUACUGGUUGGUAGUGAAAGAAUCCUAGGAGUGACUAAUUGCUUGUUUGGUAUAAAAUCGUCUCUCUUUUGUACAACUUGCCAAGUGUGUAUCCCUUUUUAAUUUUUAUGACCAAUUUUGUGUUUGUAGGCACUCAUCCUGCGUGACUAUUGGUUAUUGACUGUCAUCAGUGUUCUCUUUGAAGUCUUGGAGUAUUCCUUGGAGCAUCAGUUACCAAACUUUAGUGAAUGUUGGUGGGAUCAUGUAAGUUCAACUCCUCAAAUGAUAAUUUUCUUUAAUCCUGUGAUUCCUUGUAACUACUCAACAGUUUCAUUACAAGGGAUGAUGAUAAGCAGGUGUGAUGUUGCUUCUCAAACCCUUGACUAAUUUAUAGGUAAAUAUACAGAACACUCCUAAAAGAGUCCAGUUGGUAGAAAGCCCUGAUAAGUACUUGGACGGUGUGCAUUAAAGUGUUCAAAAUUGUGGGUUUUGAUAUCCUUACCCCCUUCAGCCUUUGUAAAUCAUCAUUUACCAGAUCAAAAGGUUAAAAAAAAUUCAAUGCAGCUUGAUGGUUGGGUCAUCAGGCUUUUGAUUAAUGUCAUUAUCUGAACAACUGCUCACCUAUCCCUCCCCUGGCCCUAAAUUGUUAUCAAUUGACUGUUAUUGGGUCAGGGGAGGGGUAAGGUAGCAUUGCCUGACGUGGGGUCUUUUAGGUUCACUUCUUAGAAUGCCUUACUUGGCCAUAGACCAUAACCCAACAGUCAAGCUAGCAAAAAUAGACUGCCAAUAAUUAUACUCUUGUCACUAAAAUGUCCUUUUUGAAGUGCUUCAAAUAAAAAUGGAGAUCCAUAUGGUUUGGAUCAAGGGGAUAGAUGUUUUUGCAUUGUAUGGUGUGGAGUGUGUUUAGUAACUAUUUGUUCUGUGAAAUUUAUGUAAGCCACUUAUUCUUUUAAUAGUGGAUCAUGGAUGUUCUCGUUUGCAACGGUUUUGGAGCAUAUCUUGGUAUGAAGACUUGUGAAUAUCUUGGAAAUAAGGUACAUUGCAGCUGUCAUCUUACUCAUGCCCUGUCAUUAGGUGGCUCAAAAUGCUUUCGGUAUUUUUUGACACCAGUGCUUGGGUAGAUUGAUAUGAACGCACUUAUUUCGUGUGUUCUCCAAUGAAUAUGGUGUAAAAAUAUUGUAAAAUCAUAUCUAUAAAACAUAUGAUUAUUUUUUUGGACAUCUUGGGUACCAGAACCACUUUGAAUUCCCCCAUAAAAUAAGGUGGCUCUGAACCGUAUUUACAGAAAAGGCGUGGGGGGGAGGGGCAAAUGUUUUUCGAACGUUUUGAAGAAAAGCUUUUUGUUUUUCAAUAAUUUUAUGAUAUAUGUGGGACGUUUCUUUUUACAUUCACAGCCAUACCACUGGAGAGGGUUAUGGAACAUUCCCACCUACAGGUAAGCUUUCCGUACGCAUUAAUGGAUAUUUUAACCAUCUUUUAAAUAUUAUCGCUGUCGUUCUCUCUGGGGCAACACAAUUAAAUCCUAUAGCCACAAACCCAUUUCAAACAAACCCUUCUUCAAAUUGUAUAAAACUGUAUUUCCCCCAGAUUUCUGGUUGAAAUCCACUUGUAAUUUCACCCAUCCCUUCAUAUAAUUUGCGUUCCAAUUUAUCCUCGAUCACCAGAACUUUAGUCCAAAUUCUAGUUUUAAUUGUAGCAGUCUUGAAUUUUUAGCCUUUGGUUUUUCCUUACUCAAAAUGACUGUCAGCCUAGUGAAGGUUACAAUUUUAAGAGAUUGAAGAGACGUCAUGUGUAGCACAGGUCCUUAGUGUUGUAGUUCAUAAGAUACUCCAUUCAACAUGCAUUCCUUUUCCUCUGUGAUAGUGAUGUUGGACGUAUUGGUUUCGAUGUGAUUAGUUACACAUAUUGAUGGGUUUUUGCGAUGUCACGUCAUGAAAAAUAAAACAUUUGAGGGACAGUGUUUUGUUUGUUUGUUUUGUUUGUUUGUUUUAUAAGAAAUCAGUAAUAACAUGCAUAAACGAGAAGUACCCUUGCCAAACAUAUUUCAAUAUUCAACAGUCAUUUGAUGGAAAACAGUAUUUAUGCAACACAUGUUGUCAUUCAAAAGUCAUAAAAGGAAAAUUACCAUGUCAGGCUAUAGUGAAUUAUAUGUAUGUGAAUGAAAUACCCACAGAACUAUCCACACUAGAAAAAAUAGAACAAAUACUAUAGCUCAACGAAUAGUAUUUGAGUAUAUCAGUGGUUUUGCAUAAAGGAAAACAGAAAAAAUUAAAGGUGCAAUAUGCAAUUUACCUGUAGAAUGUGAUCAGACAUGUAAACAACUCCCUCGUCCACCUGACAGAUCUGGUAUAAUAAUGCUAAAGCUUAAAAGACAGUUACAAUUUAGAGGACAUGUUUAUUUUUAAGCAGUACGACCAGAGUUCAUACAGCAAGUUCUUAACUGGCUCAAAGUAUAUAAUCCAUUGUACAAAGAUAUACAAGUUGAUAUUAGCAAUAUUGAUAGCAACCUCACAGCUUUACAAAAUAAUGCAGAUGAUAAUGACACACAUCAACAAGCUAUAUAAAACAAUGUAACAACAGAUAGUGAUCUUGCAUUGGAGUAUGAAUCCAGUGGUGAAUGCUCGAGUAAAACGCUCGAUAUGAAGCCCGAGUGAACGUUCCUCGAGCGUGUAAUUGGAAUGUCACUCAACGGAACAAUUUGGAAAGUCAUUGUUGUUUUACUGGAAGAUAAAAAAAAUACUCGGCGAGCUAAAACUUGCGAAAACGUCGAUUUCUGCCAAGGUUUUUCAUGAUAUGAAGCUCUGAAGUCGAAAGGACUCGCUUUUGAUAGCGAUUCUUUGUAACUCAGUAAAAGCAAACUAGCGAAUUAUUGUGAAACUUCACACUCGUGAACUAUAGUUUCGUAAUUUUCUCCUCAAAUUACCUGACAUGCACAUAAUUCUUUCGUCCUCAAACAGACAAUUGAUGUUAGUGUAAGUAAACAGAAGUUUCGUGGUGUUCUAAGAAACUUGUUUGUUGGCCACCAAUCGACAAAUAGUUGACUCCUCUUCAAUUCCGCUGAAAUCAAAUGGAGGUUGACCAUUUCGACUUGAAUAUGGAUAAUAAUUCUGUAAGCGAUCUUCGGUUACGAGCGAAGGAUCAAAAGCACCAUGUGUAGUGGACCAAAGCCACUUCAAAAGCGCUUCGAUGCUCUCAAACACAUAUCGUGCGAUCUGAGCAUCAUAACUUUUGACAAUAUCAAACCCGGCUGCUGAACAAUAUUGCUCGAUCGUUGACCUCGCUUCAAAAUUGAACAUGUUAAGUAAAUGUUCGGCAUUUUCUGGAUUCAGUUCCUUAAAGGCGCUUGUCAUGAAUGGGAAUAGAUAGCUGACGUACUGAGCUGCAAUUUUGGCAUGACCAUUCCGCUUUAGGCUCGCGUACAUAUUCCGAAACGCAUUGGAUUUGUCUGGGAUCCAGUGCAGCACAUAGUUGCUGAAGAUAAUGUCGUAGGAUUCUGAGCCCAUACCAGGGAAGUUUGAAGAGCUCCCCUCGAUAAACGAAAGAUUGUCGAUAUUACUGUGUGAUUUUUUAGCAAGUUUAAGGCGUUCUUUGUCAGGAUCAACACCCACAACCUUUCCACUGUUUCCAACAAGCUGAGCAAGAUAUGCAGACAGCUCUCCUGUGCCACAACCGAGGUCUAAGAUCGUGUCUCCGGCUUGGGGUUGAACUUCGGUCUCUAUGAACAUUUCACCAGACUUGUUUUGCACAGUACGAGAGCUUUGCUUGUAACCCUCAGAGGCAGUGUUGAUAGUCGAUGAAACAUAACAAUUUUUCCGUUCCAUGGCGCUCAGAAUGUCGUAGUGGUCUUAAACGGUUCGACUUUACGAGAGAACCAAGUUAUCGAUAGAAACUCGUAAACAGUGACGUCAUUGAAUAGUGGCCAUUUGGCAUAUGACAGGAAAUCUGGAUAGCCCAAACUUAGAGCAGUCGGCAGCCCGUCCUACGAGGCUUCACAGUUGAAGAAAAUAAUUUUUCAAACUAAAAUAAAUUUGUCAUCAGCCAGAGGUGGACGGUUGAUUCUGAGGCCUAGAUGGACACCACGUGUUUACUCCCCCUUAUAUACCACUGCAUCAUUACCCAUGAUGCUCGGGCCCAAGGCCCAGGCUUUGUCGUAUCUUGUGCCAACAAAAUAUUUAUUUCUGCCGUAUUCGCAGACUCAGUCGUCAGAAAUACCAUAUUGUUUGGAAGUGACAAACUUAUCAUCUGAAGAGUUUUGUUCGCUUGAUCGAACAUCAAAUUCUGUCUGCCAAAUAAAAAGGAAAUUAAGGACACCUAGAAGGAAGAAUAAUUCAUCAGCAGGUGUUACGCUUAAGGUUUGAGGUAUCACAGAAGGAAAAUUAGCUUUUCCAUUCAAACUGAGGUAGCGUGAAAAUUAUGCGCGCCAACUCUGUAAAAGUCUACAUUUUCCUAAAGCUUAAUAAACACUGAUUUCGGAUAUGUAACUUAUUAUUUUCUUGAUUUAUACCACAGAACAAAAUAGGAGCUUAUUUAUUCACGCCGAGACGUUUUUCGAGAUACGUUUAUUUGACGACGCAUUUUAAUCAACACGUUUCUUUUUUAUCGGAACGUGAUCUGCACAUAUUGACUUAAAAGAGAAGGUUUGGAAUUUGCAUUUAGCGCUUCGUUAUUUACCGAAUAUCAGCCAGUAAUAAAAUCAUUAAAAAUCAGAACUCAAGCCAAAACACUUUACCAGAUUUUUUUCGGGGCGUUGGUCACGCCUAUGAAGGCUGUUACCUAAUCACAUCGGAGAGAGCCAUUUGAGACUGUUUUGCUGACGUGUGCUCGAGGCAAAGAGCCAACAAGGAGUUAGGUCGAGAAGGUUAAGUAACACGUGUGGAUGUGUAGCUACUUAUGACGAUAUGGAAGGAGCAAAAAGAGGAGAAAAGAGGUCAGGGAGAGGAAGGAGAGCUACACUCCAAACCCAAUUUAAAACAGCUUUUCAACGAUCGAUGCUCGAAGUGCAAUGCUACGCGAAUGAUGAUGGACUGUCGGCGAAAUUUAUCGCGAACUAGCGCCCACAGCAACUUCGAUAGACAUAGACUCUGGCCAAUGAAUCUCUUCAGUCUAAUAGGAACCCCUGUCACUAUCAGUGAACAAAAUUUCCACUCCGAUGCAAAUUGCGAAUAAAUUUUCUUUUUCCGCAACGGCAAAAGGGAUUUGUCACUUUUGAACAUGAUAACAGCUUGAAAACAACACAUGAAUUACAAAAACAAUCUCUCUAGCUUUCCGAAAGAACUUAUGUAAGUAGACUUGAUGACGAAUGAGUGAUUUCGGAACUGCACAAAACUGUAUAGUAUGCAUUAUGAAUCAACAGUGGAAAUCGUGAAUUAGGUGACGAGAUUAAGUUGAUAUGAGUUGUCUUCAAUCUUACGCCUUCCGUUCUACUCUCAAAUAACUAUAUGCUUUUAUCUUCUAAUUUUUGAACACUCCUUUUAUGACAAUUUUUUUUCUCAGUGGCAUGUUCAAAAGAGUUGCUGCUCAAUUCACUCCUUAUUCGUGGACAUCUUAUGAUUGGAAAGCCACCACAAGCCUUACAAGAUGGCUGGCUGUCUGUGGAAUUGCUGCUGUGGUAUGUGAAAAAUCCUGCUGUUCUUGGGGUCUGAGAACGCUUUUCAAAUGAGUGUAGUAAAACCAACACCGAAGCGAUCAAAACAGCCUGGCAUAGCAAGGAAAAUAUCACCAGGAACCAAUGAGUUUUUUAAGUAAAAAUAAGAAAGCUACCUGAAGCGCGGGAAAACGCGGGUGACCAAGUUGCGAUUGGUUUUGGUUUGGAAUCUGAUUGGUUCAGAAAGUGGCGCGAGUUCUCUGGACCAAUCACCUAUCGAAGUAAAGCAAAUCAAUGCAAUUUCGGAUUACUUGCUCUGUUUCGUGUCUGCAAUCAAAUACGCUAAAAAACUUUUAAUUAAUUUUUCAGUUCCUUAUGGCCGAGUUAAACUUGUUUUACUUGAAGUUUAUUUUGUGGAUUCCUCCUCCUCAUUUCAUCAUGCAAGUUCGUAUGGCACUGUACCUUGGGAUGGGAGCUGUGGCACUGAAUGAAACAUUUAGAUACAUGGACGACCCGUAAGUUACUAAUGUUGUAGCCUGCAAGCAGGUGCUCAUCUUUAUUAACGCUUCGGCACCAGUGUUUCCUCGCUCGCGGGAAAGCUUAAGGCACGUGAACUUGCGAGAGGUCUGCAAGGGACAGUUAAGAAUUGAUUAUUAGUGCCAGAUCCCCGACAAACCUCUCCCUGACUCGUUUCAAAUUUUCCCGGGGACAGGUAGCAUCUGUCUUACAGCCUUUAUAAUGAGGGCCAGCACUUAGGCUACUAUUUUUAGAAAUUUAUGUAAGUAAGAACGCGGGGAGUGAAUUGGUGUCCAACUUAAUAAUAAAAAUAAAACAUAGCUAGCGUGAUCGACUGGAGUGAUGGUACGUAAAAAUUUACUGCCUGGCUUAAAAAGCAAAACUGGUCGGCUAUUAAAAGGCCUCCUAGAUGAGGACUUAACUGAUCUCUUGUAGAAAAAUAGUCGUAAGAAGCUUUAAGGUAUUAGUAAAUCUCCGUUGCUCUCUUUUCAUUUCAGCACUUGUAAGCGGUUUGGACAGCAGGCUUGGGUGGUCGCGGCUAUUGUUGCAACAGAAGUGCUAAUCUGCGUUAAAUUCGGUUGGGAAACCAUCACUAUACCCUUUCCUACACACGUGACAGUAUUCUGGCUUCUUUUCCUCGGCUCUUGGACUGCGUGGACGGUGUGGCAAUUUUGGCCUUCGAUUAUCGGCGGCUUUCGUAUCAAUCACGAUAAAGAAACCGAUAGUGGUAUUAAUAACGCAGAUCACAGACCAAAACAUGAAUGAAUUUUUGACAAAAUGUUCGAGAAUGAUUAAAUACUGAUCAAGAUUUUUAGGAUAAAUAAAAAUGGGGAAAAUUCCCUUUGGAUUUUUUUUCUCAUCAGCAUCAGGGCAGGUUGCGCUUUUCCUUCAAGCGUAAUAAAUUAAUUUGCUAAUUCUUGAGAAUGAUUUUCAAAGAACGUAAUUUGCCAAUUUUUGAGAAUGAUUUUCAAACAGUGCGUUCACGGCUAGUUUCAAAUUUGUCAGUAUCGUCAUCCUCAUUAUCAACGUCAUGAACUUUUCAGUUCAACGUUUUUCUUUUUGGUUACGUUUCUUUUUGUCCUGUCAAGAGAAUAAUGAUUUUAACAAUAUAUUGAGAAAUUUGUGUGAAAGAAUCAAUUCGUAUUCAAUCGGAACGAUCCCAACGGGCUAAUUUGUUCUUGUUUGCCGCUUGUAAUUAAUGUAUGCCUUGCAAGUGGCGAUCAAAUGGAGAGACACCCAGCCGGGAUAAAAAGGGUGUUGCGCCAUUUCUCUUCCAGCAAGAUGCCCCUUGAAACAUGCGAUCGCCAACUGCAACGGAUUUGUUAUGUGCUACCUAUCAGUGAACGGAUUUAUUAUAUGCUACCUAUCAGUGAACACACCAACAAUUCGGCGUAUCUCGCUGAACUGUUGUGAAUGUUUUACGGUCAUGCUUUUUGGUACACUGGGGUAGAAGACAAGGCAUUCAUUUAGUUAGCUCAACUGGGUUCCAUGAAAUUUCAGCUAAUUUUUACUCACGGGAAAUAUUUAUCAUAUGACCAAUUGUUAAGUGAAGGUAUCAAAAUGGUUCUCGUUAACCAAAGAAGAUCAAGGCUUGUGUAUUGCGUAUUUAUAAACAAUAUGGGAGGAGAGUGAUGUGAUAUCUAUGUUCUGUAGUAGGAGGGCCAGACUUAAAUUAUAUUUCAAAGUGUGACGCCUGAAAAGAAGAAGAAGAGGAGGAAAUUCUAGUUUCUUAUCACCGAGACAGGGCCGCAAAUAUUUUUACAUCUCCAACCGAACCUAAGAAAUAUGUACUUUUGAUUAAUUCACAUCAAGAACCAAAACCUUAGUUAAUGUAGCUGUAAUGCGUGGUUGGUGUUAAACGAAAAUUAUUCAAGGAUAGACAAAUUUUUCACAAGGCAGAAGCAUUUUUUUUCGAUCCUGUGCUUAAUUAUUAGCAGUGUCCUUCUGGAUUUUUAUGUAUUAGUGGUCAAAUGUUGCACUAUUAGCGUUAAGAAACCAGGUGCCUGUUUUAGUAAAACUUACGAUCGUGUAUAGCGAGUGAUAAUUUUAGCUCAACAUUUAUUGGUUGAAGUAACUGAAGGCACUCACCUAAUGUAGGCAUGAACACUCGAUACUAAGUUAAAAGACGUAUUUUUCUAGUUUAUGGUAGAGAAACAUGUUAAUACGCGAUUUUGAUAAAUAAAUAUGGACAAAUGAAAAAGGAUGUAGUGUGGGUCAAAUUGUGGGCGCACUAAUAAACUGAAGUGACAGAU